AGUGACACUGCGACACACCUACAAAAUGAUUUUCUCUCUGAAUAUUUGACGCUGUAAUGUCUUGCCGUACAACUCCCCUUUAGCGUUAGCGUUGGCUCUACCCGUUUUACAUAUUAGACAUUUAUAUGUUCAUCCUCUGACGCCCUCUUUUUCAUUCACGAUCUUCACGACGAUCGCAUCUAUAUCUGAGAGUUGCUCCUUCUGGUGGAAAUUUGUUGACGCAUAAUCCUUCUGAAAUUGUUCAAAAUGGGUUUCACCUUCUACCUGGACGAGCUGCGGGUGUUUUUCCCGUACGACGCUGUUAUGGAUUGCAAAAAUAUCUGGGUCUCUCUGGAAAGAUGCAACUUGUCAUUUUAAUUCUGGAUAGUGCAAAAAUCUGUGUUGCAUGAUUGCCAAAAGCUGCUCACUUUUGACCAAGCUGAGAGGGAGUUUCUCAUGCAGACGAGGCAUGAUAGAGGUCGGACAAAAUCUGUCAUGCUGGGUCAUGUAUGACAGACCUCAGGCGUCAUGGAAAACCUGCAUGACAAGUCUUCCAACCUUCCAGACCCAGACAUAUUUGCAUUUGAUAGCUGUCUACCCUGAACAAUAUGAGUACAUGAAGGAGCUGAAAAACUGUCUCGACGUAUCAAAGUGAAAAAAGCCCCCACCCCAUAUCGGAAACGGAAGAUGCGCGAAUUUGUGAUGCUGUAUUUGAGUACACAAAUCAACUUGUUUUGCUAGAAGGCCAAGCGACGAAGUUGCGGCCUAAAUUGCAGGUAAUCUGUCAUGCUGUUUCCCACUUCCAGUUGCCUCCUGUCAUCCUGGAGCUGCAAGGCUUUCCCACGCUAGACAGCACUACAGUGCGCAUCUCUUGCCUUCUAGCAUCACAAAGCUGAUUUGUGGCCACAAAUCUGCAUCACAGAUUUCCGCUUUGAUAUGGGGAGGGGGCAUUUUUCAUUGUAAUACGACGCCCCCGGACAUGGAAUCCUAGAAAUGCCCACCGGCACGGGGAAAACCGUCGCAUUGUUCUCCCUGAUCACCAGCUACCAACUGCUCUACGCAAAUAAAGUCGGGAAAUUAAUUUUCUGCACGCGGACAAUUCCCGAGAUGAACAAAGCUUUACUGGAAUUAAGGACGAUUUUAGAUUUUCGCGACGAAGUUCUAGAACGGGAAUUUGAGGAGAAGAGGGAGAAGAAUCUGGUCCCACCAGACGCGGAGUUCAAAUCCGAGAAAGUGCUCGGAGUAGGCUUAUCCGCACGACGAAACAUGUGCGUGCACCACGAAAUCUCCACGGAUCCGGACAGAGAUCGAGUCGACGCGCGGUGCAGGCGGAUGAUCUCGCCCUUCAUCUUCCAGAGAUUAGGCGGCGUAACCGAGGCGAUCAGCUGCAAGUGCAAGCACUACGAGAAGUACCAAAGGGUGAUAGAUAACGGGGAGAUGUUCGUGAAGCCAGAUGUGUAUACGAUUGACGAGUUGACGGAGUUGGGGAAGAAGGAGGUUGCGGACAUUGAGGAUUUGUUCGGGAGCCGAAGUAAGAACAGCAGUAGUUCAGCACGGACUGUGGCGAAUCGGGUCACGGCGUUAAGCCGGGCGAAAGAGCUGCGGCAGAAAUUCGGCGGAAGUGGAAACAGUGGCGCGCAAGGUGCAUCCAGUUUUUCCAUACCGGAAGCUGAUUUGAAUUUCACCCCCGUUCCCGGCUCUGUGAAUUCCGCAAGUUCGUUCAACUCCGGCAUGAGUAGUCUAGUCUCCCCGGUGAUGCAGGGCGGCGUUGCGAUACAACCGCAGAUGGGGACGACAACCGGCGGGGGAAGUAGUUCAAGUAGCAGUUCUGGCACUUCUUCCUCUUCACAGCCUCCAACUGGAGCUGCAGUCCCGAGCGCUCUUUCCCUCCUCCAUCAACAACAGUCCCAACCCCAACAAAUCUCCAAAGGCGGUUGGUGCCCGUAUUACACCGCAAGGAAGCUUUUACAGCAGGCGAAGAUCGUUGUUCUCAACUACCAGUACGUUCUAGACCCGAAGGUUUCGCAAGUCUCCACCCUGGGUGGUGUCGGGGAGAGAAUCGGGUACAAAAUGGCCGCCGCGGCCAGCAGCAACGCGAAUAACCAGUCCGGCGGGAACAGUAUGUAUUGCAAAAAUGUCUGGGUCUGGAAAGUUGAAACUUGUGAUGCUACUUUUGGACUCUACAUAAAAUCUGUAUUGCAUGAACAGCAUAGGAGGCGCAAUUUGUGCUACGCGGAGAGGGCAUUUCUCAUGUGGUAUGAGCAUUAGAUAGAAAGCCCUCGCAGAGUCUCUGAUGCUAGGGCAUGCAUCACAGACCUCAUGGGUCAUUGAAAAUCCCCAUGACAAACUUCCGCAUUCUUCCAGACCCAGACAUAUUUGCAUUUGAUAAACAGCAAAGAGCCGUCCAUCGUCGUUUUCGACGAGGCGCAUAACAUCGACGAUAUCUGCUCCGAAGCGCUUUCCGUGGAGUUAAACGAAGCUAAAUUGAAGGGCGCGGAGGUGAACAUUCAAACGCUGAAAAACGAAAUUAACCGGGUGAAAAAUGAGGAUGCGAAUAGGUUGCAGGAGGAGUACCAAAGGUUGGUGCAGAAUCUCCAAUCGGCGGGGAGGUUGAAUGAGGACAUCGCGGACCGACUGCAGUUAUGAAUUGCAAAAGUAUCCUCGUAUUCGUAUAAAUGCAUUACAAAUUUCCUCAGCAUGAGAAAUGAAAUUUGUAAUGGGGACUUGCUUUCUGAAAAAUAAAAAAUUUAAAUUUGUAAUGCAUGAUCGCAAUGCGAGUACGAUACUUUUGCACAGGAUAGCAGUCCCCGGUGAUCCCGGAAGACAUCCGGGAGGAAGCGUAUCAAGUGUAAAAAUGUCUGGGUCUGGAAGGAUGUAACUUGUGAUGCGCAUUUCAGAACACACAAAAAUCUCUGAUGCACAGGCAGCAAGAGCUGCUCACUUUCUGUCACCAAAAUGGGGGAUUUGUCAUGCGGAUUCGGCAUUGCGGAAGCUUCUUGAAACCUGUGAUGCUAGAGCGUCCAUGCCAGACCUUCUGUGUCAUGCAGAAACAGCAUGACUCUUCCAGACCCAGACAUUUUUGCAUUUCAUAAAGCGGUCCCGGGGAAUAUUCGGAAAGGGGAACAGUUUCUGCGGAUUUUGGAGCAGUUGGUGCAGUUUUUCAAAUCUUACCUGAACGUGGACCGGGCGUCGUCUGACCAACCUUUGUCUUUGUUGCAAAAAAUCCACGACCGACUGGACAUCGACGGGAGGACGUUGAAGUUUUUCUACGAAAGGCUGAAAUCAUUGCUGAACACUUUGAACAUCAACGACUUCGAAAAGUUUAAUCCGAUCAGCAAAUUGUGCGACUUCUCCACUUUAUUAGGGACUUAUAGUCAGGGUUUCGUGAUUCUGAUCGACCCCUACCCGGAGAACGAGGCGAUAAAAGAUCCGAAGUUAUUAUUAUACUGUGUGGACAGCAGCUUGGCGAUGCGGCCGGUGUUGAAACGGUACCAAUCCGUGGUGCUCACCUCCGGGACGAUCUCACCCUUGCACAUGUACGUGGAUCUACUGGGUAUGCAGGAGAACAUGAUUGUCACGCGGUCGUUCCAAAUGACCAUGGAAAGGCAGUGCAUUUGCCCACUGAUCGUCACGAGGGGACCGGACCAAGUCCCCGUUUCCAGUAACUUCGAAGCGCGCGACAACUUGGCGGUGACACGGAACUACGGGGAAUUGCUGCUCUCCUUGGCGAAAACGGUCGCGGAUGGGAUUGUGUGCUUCUUCACACUAUGAAUUGCAAGAAUGUCUGGGUCUGGAAGAGUUAAAACUUGUCAUGGUAAAUCAGAACCAUGCAACAAUCUGUGUUGCAUGAUGACCAAAGGCUGUCCACUUUGGACCAAGUUGAGAAGCAGUUUCUGAUGCAGGAUAGGCAUGAUGGAGACCUCGCGGAAUCUGUCAUGCUAGGUUCUACAUUCCAAACCUCACGGGCCAUUCAAAAUGUGCAUGACAAGUCUGGCACUCUUCCAGACCUAGACAUUUUUGAAGUUGAUACACAUCGUACCGAUACAUGGAAUUGGUCGUGGAACGCUGGUACGAAUCCGGUUUGCUGGGGAAACUGAUGGACCAGAAACUCGUUUUUCUAGAAACGAAAGACGUGGUCGCCACCACCCAGGCGCUGAACCUCUACCGGCAGGCGUGCGACAGCGGGCGCGGGGCGGUUUUUUUGUCGAUUGCUCGGGGGAAGGUUGCGGAGGGGAUCGAUUUUGACCGGCACUACGGGAGAUGCGUGGUGUUGUUCGGGGUGCCGUUCCAGUACACGUUGUCGUACGAGCUCAGGGCGAAAUUGCAUUAUCUCCACGAAUAUGCUCUGCAAAAGAAUCGUACUCGUACUAAUUGCAAUCAUGCAUGACAAAUCUUGUUUCCUAGCCAAAUCAGCAUGACAAACUUCCUUUUGCCUUCUGGAAAAAUUUGUAAUGCUAUUUCUACUAGUGCGAUACUUUUGCAAUGCAUAACGAACACUACGACAUCCAGGAAUCGGAAUUUCUCAACUUCGACGCGAUGCGGCACGCGAGUCAGUGCGUCGGGAGGGUUAUCAAAUGCAAAAAUGUCUGAGUCUGGAAGAAUGCAAGACUUGUCAUGCAUAUUUCUCAUGACCCGUGAUAGUCUGUACUGCAUGACUUAGCAUCGCAGACUUUUAGAGGGCUUCCUGAUGCACCUUCCGCAUGAGCAAUGCCCUGUCCGACCGUGUAGCACAAACUAUACUCCUCUUGCUGGUCACGCGAUACAAAUUUUUUUUAAACUCCAAAAACAGCAUGACAAGUUGCAAUCUUCCAGCCCCAGACAUUUUUGCAGUUGAUACGGGUGCUCAGGUCGAAGAAGGAUUACGGGAUCAUGUGCUUCGCCGACCAUCGGUACGGGAAAGCGGGGAAGCGGGAGAAGAUCCCGGAGUGGAUCCGGUCGUGCUUGGACUUGGACCGCAUGAAUCUCUCCACCGACUCCGCGGUGUUUGAAGCACGGAAAUUUUUGUUGAACAUGAGUCAGCCCUACGAUUCCGCGGCGAACAAAAAUUUGCUGCGACCCGAGGAUCUGGUCACGGAACCACCUCCGGGGACGAACGGUGGAGGGAGUGUUGGUAGUGGAACUGGAAAUAAUGAAGUGACUUCUACUGCUCCGAUUCUUGCUGAAAAGCAGCAGAUAGAUAUAGAACCUGCGGGGAAAAGACAGAAAGCGCUUUGAGAGUAAAUGAAAAUUCUGCGGGUACAUGUCAAACAGUAGUUUGAUGUUGUAAGUACGUAGUCUCUUGUAUGACAAGAAUUCUCGUCGUGGUCCACUGAGGGCGGCGGAGGAGAAAAAGAAGUUGCCAAGUGUUGAAAGCGACGGCUGUCACGCAGUCCAUUGCCGUUGUUCUUUCUGCUGCAGCAAGAAGCGAAGACGCAAGGUGGGCUCUGAGGGUGCGUGUGUGCAAAGUGAUUUGCUUUUGAGUGAUGAGAAAAGAAAAAUCAAAACGCCGGCGCUGAGCACAGUGCAUUUUGAAAGAACGACCCUGUCCCUUGAGCGGCGAGCGCGCGUGGUUCAUGUUUGCCUGAGGGAAGCAUAGUACAGAUUCAAAUUGUAUAGUUUUGGUUUGAAGUAUUUAUAUAUUAAUUUGUGAGCAAGCGAAUUUUCAGUGUUGUGUAGUUUGGCGAGUAGCCAAAUGUCCGAGGGGUCUUGACAGCUUGAAGGUGCUAGAGCGUAAGAAGUAGAAAAAAGCAGCACGCCCGAGACCAUGGACUCUACUCAGCAGGAAGAGGGCCGCGCCGAGCAUUCGGAGCUCUUCCCGCGUGACAAAUCGAGGACGCUUCGCAAGCGCGGCGUGGGGGAGUUG